CAAUCCAAUCCGAUCUGCUGCAGAACAUCAGAGAUUUGCAUAGCCUCUCGCUUGCCACACACAGCAUCCACGGGGGCAAGCAGCAAUCAGUUUACGUUCCGCUUUGGUCGUGUACACGCUGAACGGAUCGAAAUAGGGAGCGUCUUCAAACUGGAUCACAUCUUCGAGGACUACCAUCGGCAACAGUUUCAUAAAAUGUCGCACGGUGAACGUAAAGGUCGCCUCAAUGUGGUCAAAUUUCUGGAAUUGGGGUUUGCCGUGGCCUGUUUGGUGCUGCACUUUUACAGCUUCAACGAUCGCGAUAUUAUGACAUCCUUUCUGGCCACCGGCACCUUCACGGGCUACAUUAUCGUGGUGAUUGGGGUAUUUGCUGGCGUUCUGAUGCGGGCACCCAUUCACAAGCGCAUCGACAUAUUCUUCAGCGUCAUGGGCUGCGCCCUAUUCGUGGCAAGCGGUGUGUUCAUCAUCGAGGCUUGGGAGUUCUCUUUCAGGACACGGACACGCGACCUGGCGCUGAUCAAGGCCUCACUGUCUAUCGUCAAUGGCGUGCUCUUUGGAUUCGAUGCCAUCUUCACCUUUCGGGACAAGUGAACGGGCCUCACACAACCUUUA